AUAUUAAAUGAGUGAAAAGAAAGAGAGAAAGCAACUUGGGAUUUUUGAUUUGUCAUCUCUAGCUUAUCCUCCUCCUUUGCUUUCCCUUUCUCCUUCUCUCUCUCUCUCUUAAUCAGUUGGGAGGUCUGAUCUUGAUCCAUUUUUCUUAGUUAUUGCUUCUGCAACUUCCUCCAUCACCAGAAAAAAAAAAAAAAAAACCAAACCAAAACAAAAGUCUGUGACUGUCUACUAUUGUUAUACCCUACUUUCUUAAGAUUUUUAUCAGAAUACAUACACAGAGAGAAGAUAGAAAACCAAGGAGGAAAAGUCAGCAUGGAUGAAACCCUCUCGCCAGAACCAGACUCAGAAGUUCCAAAAGAACUCAGGCCAGAAGGUCAGGCAUCCAAAAGAAGGAAGGUGGUUCAUGAGAAGACUGUUGUUACAGUGAAGAUAGGAACAAAUGUAGGGAAACUAAAGAACGAAGGGCCGCCUUCUGAUUCUUGGUCAUGGAGGAAAUAUGGGCAAAAACCUAUCAAAGGAUCACCUUAUCCAAGAGGCUACUACAGGUGCAGUACAUCAAAGGGUUGUUCUGCCAAAAAACAAGUGGAGAGAAGCAAAACUGAUGCUUCAGUGCUCAUAAUCACCUACACUAGUAGCCAUAAUCAUCCAGGCCCUGAUGUCUCCACCACUAACUUGACCCAAUUGCAACCCAGCACUGAAGAUCAUAAUCUCCCAGCCCUACUUCCCAAACAGGAAGAGCAAGAAGAAAAACAAGGGAAACUAGAAGACCAUCCUGCAAUGAAAAGUGAUCAUGAAGAUCAUUUUCACUACAUUCAGUCCCCAAUUAGAUCUUCCCAAAAUAUUAUGAUUGACCAAGAAGAAGACCCUUUCCUAGAGAAAACCCAUGUCUCUAGCACUCUUGGGUUCCUCUUGGAUGAAGAGCCCCUCUCUUAUUCCCAGCUCAUGAGCUUCUCAACACCCAAAUCUGAAGAAAAUGACUUCUUUGAUGAGCUUGAAGAACUACCCACAUUUUCAUCUUUCCCAAGCUUCAUGAGGAGCAAUCUCUCCCUUGAAAGGAUUCCCUCUGUCCCCUCUUGAUCCCAGUGGACUUGUUUUUAGUGUUUUUAGUGUUUGCAGCCCUUAGAACAAUGUACCUAGCAAAAUAUUGUUAAUAUAUAUGUCAUCUUCAUGCCUUUAGCCCACUA